GAACUGAAAGAUGUAAAAUACGGAGAAAUGUAGCCUAGUUAGUAAUUCAGCAUGUGAUGUACGUGUUUCUAGCGUGCAGUAUUGUUUUGAAGGUUUUGAAAGUGUUGUAGUGAUUGGAGAUAAGUUUUAGUGUAACUGCUUCCCUGGACCCCAGUAAAGGUAUUUUUGUUAGCGUCUCUUGUAUUUGAUUGGGGUUAUUAUGUGAGAGGUUUGAGAAACGAUGAAGUCCUACAGUGGUAUGUGACUUCUUGUAUUGUUGGGUCACCAAAAGAGCUACGGAAAACCUUGCUUUAUUCUCUUUGGAGAUUAUGGUACAUUUACUAGUCUAAUGCCGUGGAGGGAUUCUUGGAGUUUAACUGAUAUGAAGCGUAGGGAAAUUGAGUCGUACGUUCAAAUGGCCUCUGUGAAGCAAAUUUGAUUAUGUUGGCUUCCGUAAAACUGAGAAUUAUGGAUUUGCUGGUAAACUACUGAGGAUUAAUGUCAGGGUAGUACCAAUGCUUUGAUCUGGCAAUUUCAGUCAUUAAGAUUAAUUUGAAGAUUGGACAUUUGGGCUUGUUAGGAAUCAUUUUAGGAAGGCAGGUUAAAUGUCCUUAUUUCCUUAUUUUGAGUGACAAACCAUAUGGCAAAGAAGAUGAAACUGAAAGAGUUGGAGAGCUACCUUCAAGAUGUUGACGUCUUUGAGGAUCCUAAACUCCUUCUGGAACAGUAUCCAACAAGACCACACAUUGCAGCCUGCAUGCUGUUUACCAUUCACAAUUCCUUUGACGAUAUUGAAAAUAAGCUUGUGGCUGAUCUUGGGUGUGGAUGUGGAGUUCUUAGCAUUGGAACUGCAAUGCUCAAUGCAGGGUUGUGUGUUGGAUUUGACAUAGAUGAUGAUGCAUUACAGGUCUUUUCAAAAAAUGUUGAAGAUUUUGAGCUGACAAAUAUCGAUAUGGUUCAGUAUGAUGUGUGUAUGUUGCCAGGAAAAAGAUUUUCAAAAUUUUUUGACACUGUGAUAAUGAAUCCUCCAUUUGGGACUAAGCACAAUAAAGGUAUGGAUAUGAGUUUCUUAAAGGCAGCAUUACAUUUGGCAAAUACGGCUGUUUACUCCCUCCACAAAACAUCAACUCGUGAGCAUGUUCAAAAGAAAGCUGAUGAAUGGAAGGUGAAAAUGGAAGUAAUAGCAGAGCUCAGGUAUGACUUACCUGCAUCAUACAAGUUUCAUAAAAAGAAAAUGGUGGAUAUUGAAGUGGAUUUCAUCCGGUUUACUUUCAAGUGACUACUGAGUUGGAAUGACUAAAACCCAAUAAUAAAAUAAACAUUUAAAAACA